CAGCUCCUGAGGGAAACCAUCAUUGAAGUCGGAGACGAAACCGAGCAGGAUGGAAGGUUUGAGGAGGACUGUUCUUAUUCUGUUCGCUGUAUUCACAAUCUCUAACGCCUUGUCAUUUUCCCGCCAAGAAUUCAACGAAGAAAAUGAAAUCCCGCGUCAUACUUACAGAAAUAUCAGGGAAUACACAAGAAAUGACCACAKCAGUAGUGCAAACGMAGAAAGCCUUGCGAGAGCUUCUAGAGAAAAGAAAGAAAACGAAGGAGAAAACCAAAAAAGAAUGAAACACGUCUCUGAGCGCGAAAUGAAAUGGGAAGAUCUACUACGAAGGCAGCGCGCGUUGCAUCGUCAACGGGAAAGGCAAAGAGAAAUGCUUAUCAAAGAGCUACUCAAGCCCAAGAACCAGUAUCGAAAUAAAAUCAUACAUCACCCCAAAGCCGUGCGUACGUCAAUACACGAGUUCUCUGARCACWUACCCAAGCGGUUUGAGACCGCCAUGCGAGAGCGAAGUAAACAUCGCGAACGCGAACAAGAAAUAGAAAAAGAGCGCGAYAAUCAUCAUGGGCGACAACAGCGAAUUCGUAUUCAUAAACAAGAGAGAGAAAGAAAGAAACAACGAAUGAUAAAUGGAGAGCUUGUCAACGAGUUGGAGAAGGAGAUGAGGGGAAGACGUCAACGAAUGUCAAAGCAAGGAGGCCGCAUUCGAGAAGAAGAGGAAAGGUUCAGAGCGCGGGAAAGAAGUCGCGAGUGACAAAAAACAUCCUUUGACUUCAAAUAAGAACAUCGGCUAUCCACUUUGCAYUCUAGUUCUUGUGUCAAAUAUUAGAAUUUCAUAUAAUCCACUCAGGUCAACAGUUAAAGAGUUUAAUGCUGUAUUUAAGAUAUGUAAACCGAAGAUGGAUUUAUUCCUUGAUGAAAAUUAAAUAAUACGAUUUUGAAACACA